AUGCGGAUCGAAGAACUCGCCCGCCAAGCAGCAGGUGAGGCCAAUUCUCGCCAGACGCAGUUGCCCGCAGUAGGCUCCGAUGUAAAUGGUCGACUAUCUCAGCCUCCAACAGAACGGUUCCGAUAUCAGCAGAUGAAAGAGUAUAUGUACCGCCACCGAAAGGAGUGGGAGACUAAUAUGGGACCGGGCUUAUGGGAGUUGAAGCGCGAAGGAAACUCUUUCCUAGGCUUUCGGCCUGAGGACGGUCCGUGGGGUUUCCAUUACAAUGUCCUCUCCGACCAUGUAUACAACCGACCCUAUCCAUUCCCGCCCAACAAUGAACUCAGCAAACUUUCCCAGGAUCCAGUCUCCUUAGAUGAGUUUGAUCACGUCGUUGACUAUGGCAGUCGACGCGAAAGACUGCGCAAGAACUUUGAGUGGGAGAUGGACCGUCUCUAUCUCAUGGAGGAAGUUGAUCGCCGUCAGCGAGAGCGCGAGCAGCCAGAGAAUAAAAAUAAGGUGAGCAAGGAAGAUGGAACUGAAACCGAAAAUAAGGCCGGGGUGCACGUUGACCAGCAGGCUAGACAGCAGGAGCCCGCGCCUCAGCCCAAACUUCGGCGCCUGGACUGGUAUGGCUUUCAGCGUGGUCUUACUCGUGCCGGAGACAUGUUCUCAUGUGAGAUUCAUGUGCUUCUCGGGGAGCCCAUUGUGCAAGACACCUUUGCUACCUGGUAUGGCUAUUCUGGCCGAGCAGCCCGCAAGCCCAAGGUGUCUCAGGAGCAUCACCCCAUCGUGAGCACGGCCCCCGAAGAGGCACCCUUGCCUGAGAGAAUCCGGAUUCAUUCCACAAUACUGGUAGCAAUUCUGCAGAAGAUUAUAGGAUCCGCUGCCAACAGCUUGGAGGGGAUAACGGCGGUAGUUUUCAUUCGGCCAUUUAAGGCGUUGGAAUACUGCGAGCGAGCGCUACGCGACUGGUGUGCAGCACUGGAGAAGAAGUUCAUGACUUUACCCACUGCCGUGGAGGAAGAGAUGCAGACCAACACUUUCCAGUCUACCGUCUCGAAAGCAGGAGAAGAGGAGACAGCUGCAAAUUGCCCAGGUGGUGAGGAUGGCCGGGGAGAGCCGGAAGAGGAAGACGAGGAAUUUAGGGAAGAAGAGGAGAUAGAUGAUCCAAACGAUGCGACCAAGUCCGUCGAGGCGCUGAAUCAUCUGCACUGUCUGCUAAAGUUUAUGGAUACUUCUAUUGCCCCCAAACGCGCCCACCUGAGCAACCCGCAAUCCCGCAAGGUCUGCUUCUCCGACCUCUGGUACCUCUUUCGCCCCGGGAUGGAGGUGAUUGGAAAUGAUGGGAAGCAGGCUUACCGUGUGGUUUAUGUCACCAGUGCUCCACACUGCGUCGUCCCAGCGUGGCAGCGGUUCCGUUCAUCAGUUAACAAGCCUGAAAAUACUGCAUUCCGCGUCACUUGUGUCUACGUAGACUUUGAUGGAAAGUCUCUUGGUCCUGUUUCGCGGAUCUUUGCCAUCAAACCAUUCGAUGGGCAACGGGACCUCACAGCAUUGGAAAUUUAUCCUCUCCACCUCCAUCCGCUAAAGCGGGCGGACUUUGGGGAGUCGGAAUGGGCGGAAGUGGAAACUCUGUCCCCAUCCAAUCGCAGUUCUCGAUUCCGUCAGCAACUUAUCGACCGAGGUCGGAAAUUCCUCGAAGUGGCGGCAGUUAAACAUAUGUAUUAUGCGGGACCUGCUAUGGGGGUACGCGACGAUGUGGAGAGCCAAGUGGUGGUCGAUUUCGAGACCGCUUUUGCUGUAGAGGAUCCCGAGCAACAGCGAUGGAAGCCCACACUAGAACUGCUCGUUGGAAACCAGUAUAUGGAGACAGAGAAAGAAACUCCCGAGCACUGUGAAGCCAGCUGCUGCCGAAGAGACCAUGUGCACUACGAUGCCUAUGUGGACGAGAAACAACGGACACAUUACAUCGACAGUCUCCUCCCCAAGACUGAUACCAGCGAUGAACAGCCAUCGAUUGCCAUUAUUCCACGUUCUUUAAAGGAAUUGCAGAGGGGGUCAAGAAGCACCCUAGCGGUUUCAGAUGACGAGCUGGUUAUCAUGUCUUACCGCGUAUUUGGUUUUGUACUGCGAACGCGAAAAUGGGCCAAGCUUGACCUAUCGUAUCUAACUGAGGUCCAUCCUCCCCAGACGGGUCCAGCCGACCCGGGCAUCACCAGCCCGGAGUCGUGGGAUGAUGAUGAAAAGAAGCCUGCCACAACCUUUGGACGUCUGGUACUGGAUAAGAAGCACAAGCACAUGAUUGUUUCGCUCAUCGCCCAGCACUUUCGAGACAAAAAGUCCACUGCAGAUCACCGAGAACAGGUGGAUAUUGUCAAGGGCAAAGGCAAGGGUCUGAUUUUACUUCUUCAUGGCGCUCCAGGAGUGGGCAAAACAUCCACCGCUGAGGGGGUGGCGGAGAUGUUCCAGAAGCCACUAUUUCAGAUCACCUGCGGAGAUCUUGGAACUACGGCAAAGGAAGUGGAGAAAGCUUUGGAGACUACCUUUGCCUUGGCCAACCGCUGGGACUGCAUUCUUCUGUUAGAUGAUGCUGAUGUCUUCCUCGCCCAGCGAACCAAGGAGGACUUUCAGCGAAAUGGUCUCGUUGCCGUAUUCCUCCGCGUGAUGGAAUACUAUGCAGGCAUCCUUUUUCUGACCACCAACCGAGUUGGUUACUUCGACGAGGCCUUCACAUCGCGCAUCCACGUCACCCUCUACUACCCAGAGCUGAGCUCCGACAAGACGGUGGAGGUCUUUAAACUAAACAUGGAGUUAAUCAAGGAACGCUUUCGCCAAAAAGGACGACGGAUUAACAUCGACCAGCUCCGCAUUGGUAGCUUUGCAGCGCAACAUUAUGCCGAUCACGAGAAUGCGCGCUGGAAUGGCCGGCAAAUUCAGAACGCUUGCCAGACCGCGCUGGCUCUGGCUGAGUUUGAGGCUCAAGGAAACAGUCAUCGAGCAAUCUUACGGCCAGACGCGGUCGUGACGCUGUCAGUAGCCCAUUUCGAGAUCGUGCGAGACGCCUACCUCGAAUUUACUCGCUACAUUAACAAGCUGUAUGGAACUAACGCCUCGCGGCGCGCCCACGAGGAUAAAGUGCGAGCUAUUUGGCUGGACGAGGAUGACAACAUUGUGGCUACCCAUGGUGUGGACAGGAAGUCCCUUUUCCUACGCUCAAUGCUUGGAAUGCACCGGCCCGUAUCCUCCGAGCAGUACUAUGAUUACAGCUAUGGAAACCCUACUACUGGAACAUCAGGCCAACUUGGCCCUCGCUCCAUUCCCGGACAAGGACAGUGGAACGUCCCGGGCCCGACGGGGCCCCGCGGAAGGGCGGGGACGGGGACUGGGGCGGAACUGCCCCCGCCGCAGCAUCCACCGCCACAACGACCGAUGGGCGGUGCUGGGACGAACCCAAUUUGGACUGGGCAACAAAUGUAUGACUAUCCUGCUGCGGCGGGGGUCUCGCCCCCGCACAAGCAUCCGGGCUCCCGCGCGCUCUGA